CCUGAGCAGGUCCUUCCAGAGGGAAAUCCAGACCAGUCACCACCACAUUGUUCAAAGUUGCUUCCCAAAGGUUGGAAACGAUGGCCGAAAUAGACUUUGACGAGAAGGACCAGGAGAUCUUUAGUCAGGUUGACACGUACCUCUACCACAUGCGGCUUUCAGAUGAAACCCUCCAGGAUGUUUCAGCACGGUUCCGUAAAGAGAUGGAGAAGGGCCUUGGGGUCGACACCAACCCUACAGCCUCUGUGAAAAUGUUGCCAACGUUUGUGAGGUCUACCCCUGAUGGAACAGAAGAAGGAGAUUUCUUGGCCUUGGACCUUGGUGGCACAAAUUUCCGGGUGUUGAGAGUCAAGGUUUCUGAUAAUGGCAGCAAGAAAGUGGAAAUGGAGAACCAAAUAUAUGCUAUUCCAGAGGACCUCAUGAGAGGGAGUGGAGCACAGCUCUUUGACCACAUUGCGGAAUGCUUGGCCAAUUUUAUGGAUCAGCUGCAGAUAAAGGACCAGAAGCUGCCUCUGGGCUUCACGUUCUCCUUCCCUUGCUAUCAGACCAAACUGGACGAGAGCAUCCUUGUGACAUGGACCAAAGGAUUCAAGUCCAGUGGCGUGGAAGGGAGGGAUGUGGUUUCCCUGUUACGGAAAGCCAUCAAAAAACGAGGGGACUUCGACAUAGAUAUCGUUGCCGUGGUGAAUGACACUGUUGGGACGAUGAUGACCUGUGGCUAUGAUGAUCACAACUGUGAAGUUGGACUUAUUGUUGGCACUGGAUCCAACACCUGCUACAUGGAGGAGAUGCGCCAUAUUGACUUGGUGGAGGGAGAUGAAGGGCGCAUGUGCAUCAACAUGGAAUGGGGAGCCUUUGGGGAUGAUGGGGUCCUCAACGACAUCAGGACACCAUUCGACCGGGAUAUUGACAUGGGCUCACUGAAUCCAGGAAAGCAACUGUUUGAGAAGAUGAUUAGCGGCAUGUACAUGGGUGAGCUGGUCAGACUCAUCCUGGUGAAGAUGGCCAAGGAGCAUCUCCUCUUCGGUGGGAAGCUCACAUUAGACUUGCUGGCAACGGGACGCUUUGAGACCAGAUACGUCUCUGCCAUUGAGAAGGAGAAAGAAGGCGUGCUAAAAGCCCAUGAGGUCUUGACAAAGCUGGGCCUGGAACCCUCCCAUGAAGACUGCGUUGCCACCCAGCGCAUCUGUGAGAUUGUCUCAACUCGCUCAGCAAACCUCUGUGGUGCUGCUCUGGCUGCUGUCCUUCGGCGCAUCAAGGAGAACAAGGGAGUUGACAGGCUGCGCUCCACCGUUGGAGUGGACGGCACUGUGUAUAAAAAGCACCCGCAUUUUGCCCGCCGCCUUCACAAGGUUGUGCGUCGCCUUUUGCCCGACUGUGACAUCCGGUUCAUCCGCUCAGAGGACGGGAGUGGCAAAGGGGCUGCCAUGGUCACUGCUGUGGCCUACCGGCUCGCAGCCCAGCACAAAGCCCGGCAGAAGAUCUUGGAGCCCCUGAGGCUCAGCCAUGAGCAGCUGCUGGAGGUGAAGGAGAGGAUGAGACAGGAGAUGGAGCUGGGCCUGGCCAAAGAGACCCACGAUGAGGCCGCUGUGAAGAUGUUGCCCACUUACGUAUGCGCUACCCCGGAUGGAACGGAAAAAGGAGACUUCCUGGCCUUGGAUCUUGGGGGCACGAACUUCCGUGUGUUGCUGGUGCGGAUUCGCAAUGGGAUGAGGCGCAGUGUGGAGAUGCACAACAAGAUCUACGCAAUCCCCCUGGAUAUCAUGCAGGGAACGGGCGAUGAGCUCUUUGAUCAUAUUGUCCACUGCAUCUCGGACUUCUUGGAGUACAUGGGGAUGAAGGGGAUGUCGCUGCCUCUUGGAUUCACCUUUUCCUUCCCUUGUCAUCAGAACAGGCUGGAUGAGGCAAUACUCCUCAACUGGACGAAAGGUUUCAAAGCUACUGGCUGUGAAGGAGAAGACGUGGUGGCUUUGCUGAAAGAUGCAAUUCAUAGGAGAGAGGAAUUUGACCUGGAUGUGGUAGCUGUUGUGAAUGACACUGUGGGAACCAUGAUGACCUGUGGCUACGAAGACCCGUAUUGUGAAGUCGGGCUCAUUGUUGGAACAGGCAGCAAUGCCUGCUACAUGGAGGAGAUGACGAAUGUGGAGCUGGUGGAAGGGGAUGAGGGCAGGAUGUGCAUCAACAUGGAGUGGGGUGCCUUUGGUGACAGCGGCUGCCUGGAUGACGUCCGGACCGAGUUCGAUGUGGUGGUGGAUGAGCAUUCCCUCAACCCUGGGAAACAAAGGUUUGAGAAGAUGAUCAGCGGGAUGUAUCUGGGCGAGAUUGUCCGGAACAUCCUGAUCUAUUUCACCAAACGAGGGCUGCUCUUUCGUGGGCGGAUUUCUGAGCGGCUAAAGACGAGGGGCAUCUUUGAGACCAAGUUCCUGUCGCAGAUUGAAAGUGAUCGCCUAGCCCUGCUCCAGGUCCGUUCCAUCCUCCAGCACCUUGGUCUGGAAAGCACGUGUGACGACAGCAUUAUUGUGAAAGAAGUGUGCGCGGUGAUUGCCCGGCGUGCUGCCCAACUUUGUGGAGCAGGGAUGGCAGCUGUGGUGGACAAAAUCCGGGAGAACCGUGGGCUGGACUUCCUUAAGGUCACAGUCGGCGUGGAUGGGACCCUCUACAAACUUCAUCCACAUUUCUCUUCCAUAAUGCACGAGACGGUGAAGCAGCUGUCUCCAAAGUGCGAGGUCACCUUCCUCCAGUCAGAAGACGGCAGUGGCAAAGGCGCGGCUCUCAUCACCGCUGUGGCAUGCCGAAUCCGGGAGGCCGGUCAGCACUAACUGCCCGGGGACCGGAGAGCCG